ACAAAGCACCUUCUUGUGUCUCUGCAACCUCUUCUCUUCUUCAUUCCGUUCAUUAUUUCCUUGCAAAAGGAACAACCAUCAUAACAUGAGCAUCUCCAACGCCGUUUCCAUAGACCCACUCUUAUUAAGCUUCAACCUUAGCAGCAACUACCGCAAAGAAAGAGAAGCUUCCAUUCACCGUUCCAAGCCCAAGCCAUUCUCUCUCACUUCUUCUUCCACUCUUACCCUAUUCAGCACCACCAACAACAACAACUAUAACUAUGUCUCUUGCAAACCCCACAAGUUUCACGGUCCGACGUUUGAAGCUUUUGCUACAAACACUGAUACCCUUGAGUCUCUUCCAUCCUCAGAUGUUUUAUUCAACCAGACUUUCCCUGUCAACCGAAUUGAACUGGUUGAGGGAAAGAUCUUUGUGAGAUUAGAUCAGGGAAAGGAUUUGAGAAAUUGGGAGCUUACAGUGGGUUGCAAUCUAUCAGGGAAGUGGAUUCUUCAUUGGGGUGUUUCCCGUGUGGAUGAUGUUGGAAGGUAUAGCAUGAUAACCAAGUGAAUGGGAUCAACCUCCCCAUGAUAUGAUACCCCCUGGAUCGAUUCCUAUAAAGGACUAUGCAAUAGAGACCCCUAUGAAGAAAUCAGCAUCUACUGCUGAAGGAGAUACUUUUCACGAAGUCAGGAUUGAUCUUAAACCCCACAAUGAAAUUUCAGCGAUUAAUUUUGUUCUCAAGGAUGAGGAAACUGGUGCUUGGUAUCAACACAAAGGAAGAGAUUUCAAGGUUCCUCUGGUCAACUACCUUAAGGAGGAAGCUAAUGUUAUUGGACCUAAAAGGGGCUUUAGUUUGUGGCCAGGGGCCUUGGGGCAGAUAUCUAACAUUCUCCUCAAGUCAGAAGCAACACAUGACAAAGUUCAAGAUGACAACAGUGGAUCCAUAGAUCCAAAACUGGAAAAUAGUCAACUAGAAGGUUUUUAUGUAGAACUGCCUAUUGCCAAGGAAGUUAUUUUCAAUAACUCUAUCAGUGUCUCCAUUAGGAAAUGCUCUGAGACAGCUAAUAAUCUUUUAUAUUUAAAAACGGAUAUACCUGGAGAUAUUCUCCUUCAUUGGGGAGUUUGUAGGGAUGAUUUGAUGUGGUGGGAAAUUCCACCUGCUCCUCAUCCACCAGAAACAGUAGCAUUUAAAGACAGAGCUUUAAGAACUAAAUUACAGUCAAGAGACAAUGGAGAGGGAAGUUCAGUGCAGCUCUCUUUGGGAGGGGAAUUUUCUGGAUUUCUUUUUGUGCUUAAGCUAAAUGAUAAUACCUGGUUAAAUGACAACGGAAAUGACUUUUAUAUCCCUCUCUCAAGUUCUAGUAGCUUAAUAAUGGACAACAGAGAGGGUCAAUCAGAACCUGUGCAGAGAGAAGUGAUAGAAGAGGCAGGUCAAGAGGAAUCUAGCUCUGCAUUUACUGAUGGAAUAAUUAAUGAAAUAAGGCAUUUGGUGACAGACAUUUCCUCUGAAAAGAAUCGAAACACAAAAUCCAAGAAAGCACAAGAAAGCAUUCUUCAAGAAAUUGAAAAACUAGCUGCUGAAGCCUAUAGUAUCUUUAGAAGCUCAGUUCCGACUUUUACAGAGGAAACUAUUGCGGAAUCUGAGGCUGCUUUGGAAUCUAAGACUCUAAUAUCGCCUGACUUGCCUCUACAAGUAUCCUCGGGAACAGGCACAGGGUAUGAAAUACUAUGCCAAGGGUUUAACUGGGAAUCCCAUAAAUCUGGAAAAUGGUACAUGGAUCUUAAAGAGAAAGCUGCAGAACUGGCGUCAUUUGGCUUCACUGUGAUAUGGUUACCACCCCCUACAGAGUCUGUUUCACCUGAAGGAUAUAUGCCGAAGGAUUUAUACAAUUUAAAUUCUAGAUAUGGAACCAUUGAUGAACUGAAGGAUGUGGUGAAAACAUUUCAUGAAGUUGGAAUCAAAGUGCUUGGAGAUGUUGUUUUAAAUCACCGCUGUGCUCACUAUAGGAAUCAGAAUGGUAUUUGGAACAUAUUUGGAGGUCGUCUUGACUGGGAUGAUCGUGCAAUUGUAGCUGAUGAUCCACAUUUUCAGGGGAGGGGCAACAAGAGUAGUGGAGACAAUUUUCAUGCUGCUCCAAACAUUGAUCAUUCACAGGAAUUUGUGAGAAAGGAUCUUAAAGAAUGGUUAUGCUGGUUGAGGAAAGAAAUUGGGUAUGAUGGGUGGAGGCUUGACUUUGUCAGAGGAUUUUGGGGUGGUUAUGUAAAGGACUACCUGGAAGCAAGUGAACCAUACUUUGCAGUAGGAGAGUACUGGGAUUCCCUUAGCUAUACAUAUGGUGAAAUGGAUCAUAAUCAAGAUGCACACAGGCAGAGGAUCAUUGACUGGAUCAAUGCUACUAGUGGUAUCGCUGGUGCAUUUGAUGUUACAACCAAAGGGAUUCUUCACUCUGCUUUGGAAAGAUGUGAAUAUUGGCGCUUGUCAGAUCAGAAAGGAAAACCCCCUGGUGUUCUUGGAUGGUGGCCAUCUCGUGCUGUUACUUUUAUAGAAAACCAUGACACUGGUUCUACCCAGGGUCAUUGGAGAUUUCCUAAUGGAAAAGAAAUGCAAGGAUAUGCCUACACUCUUACUCACCCAGGAACACCAUCAGUGUUCUUUGACCAUCUUUUCUCUCACUACAAAACUGAAAUAGCAGCACUACUCUCUAUCAGAAAGCAGAACAAGAUCCACUGCAGGAGUACAGUUCAAAUUUGCAAGGCAGAAAGGGAUGUUUAUGCUGCUAUCAUAGAUGAAAAAAUUGCUAUGAAGAUUGGACCUGGUCAUUUUGAACCACCUAGUGGAUCCCAAAAUUGGUCCUCAGCUUGGGAGGGAAGAGAUUAUAAGAUUUGGGAGGCGUCAUAAUAUUAUUGUUUGUAUCUUAAGUAUAUGUUCCUUUGGAAAAUCAUUCAUCCCCUUAUAUAUCUCAUUGCCUUUUAGGAUGCAAGUAUAAACACAGAAGAAUAGGCGUAUUCCGGUGAUGGCAUGACAAGCUACAAUCAAAGGGAGUUGAAGUGUGUCACUGCUGCUGAAAGUAUAUAUGCUGCAUAGAAGCAAUAUUACAGAGAAGGCUGCAGAGGGUUUCAUUUCAGCUAAAUGCUGGUUUACCUGAAACUGGAAAGCCUUCAUGUUAUGCAUUACUAUGUUUACAAAGUAUACAAUAGUUAGAUAUUUAGCACGACAAGAAUGUACAAAAAAACUUGCAUUGAUAGUACAAAAUUCUUUAACAGGUUCCUUGAUCAAGAUGGCAUGGCAAUGCAUUAAGGGAAAGUUUGGACGGGGCUUUUGGAGAAAAGGAAAAGGGAGUAUAGAGUUUUUUAUUUUUAAAACAAGAAAGAAAGUAUGUAGUGUUUAUAUUACGAAAAAGACAUGAUCAAAUCAUGAUAAGUUAUCAUCUUAUUCCUUUUCUUUUAAAAGUUCUUAAAUUAGAGGAUUUUUACUUGAGG